AUGCGUCUUCUCUUGCUUCCUCUGAUUGCUCUGGCUGUGGUCAGAGCUGAGUACGAUGACUCACUGAAGUGCACUGUCUGCACCAAGGUCGCCAACUACAUUAUCCCUGCUAUCAGAGAGGCCGGGAGUGACGUAAGUUGUUAUUGAACUUUGGAAGAAACUUCUAAUUAGACUAGGAUACUUAAAUUAGACACUUAAGGACCCCAUAGAACAACUACUGGUUAGAGGAAGUAAUUACUCGCAAAAGUGUGCAUUUUUAGGCGGUGGACAAUGUCUGCGACACUUUCACCAGCGAUUCGAUCCGCAGUGCCUGCGGGCAGAUCGUUGGGACUGGCUGGUCGAUGAUUGUGAAUUGGGUUAAAUACAGAAAGGCCGGCCCUCGGGAUAUCUGCGUGUCGGUUAGCUUCUGUGAGAAUGGUGGAAGAGAUUUUGAAAAAGAAGAUGCGCAGAAUGGGGGACAUGAUGGAGGCAACAGAGAUCAUGACGUUGGAUCGGGAGGAGUUGGAAGUGGAGGUGUAGGUGAUGAGAGGGGACAUGUGAAUGGAGGAAGCAAUGGAAACAAUGGCAAUAACGGAAGAGACGGGCUCAAUGGGAGGGAUGAGGACAGAACUAGUGUAGACCAUGACCGUGCCGGAGACCGUAGCCGUUCUCAAAGCCCAGACAGAACUUCUGGAGGUGGAGAUCUCAACUUUGGAGACAUCGAUGCUGAACGAGAACGUCAGGCAGAACGUGAAAGAAACGAAGAACUGGGCCGAGGAAGACGUGAAGCCGUCCAACGCUACAGGAAUUUGAUGGCACAACGUAAAUAAUCGGAAUCCCCUUGCACAUAAAUCCCUCGAUUAUUUUUUGCCCAACAUAAAUUUGGCCAUAAAUAUAAAUUAAUUCCAGCUCUUAGAGCCAUGAAAAGUCGGGAAGAACAGACCCUGAGGGCAUGA